AGCAAAAAUUGUAAGGUCAUUUGAAUUACGUUCUUGCCACAGCAGCGAGCGAGGCUGAUCGGCCACAAUGAUCCCAGGAAGGGCUGCCAGCGGCCGGGUGAUGAGGAGGAGGAUCGCGGGGUCAAAGUCCACAGGCACCGUCACGCCAGCCUGACUCCCGAUCGGCCGGAGGAGAGGAGCAGGAGGAGCAGCAGGAGGAGCAGCAGCAGCAGCAGCGGCUCGGUGUGGCUCUCACACCCAGAGGAGGAGGGGGGGAUCCCGGUCUGUGUGUGCGUGUGUGUGUGUCCGUGUGAGCCUCUGUGGAACCGGGCUAAGCCGAUCAAGGUGGAAUCGCACACAACGAAUUUACGCGUCAGGGGGAUUUCUGCACAUACAUGCUGUGACGGUGCGAGUCCAGUGCAAGGAUGAUGCGUCUAGGGUGCUGCACAGCCCUGCUGUUUGUGCUGAGGCUGCUGGUGGGCUUGCCCUGGUACCAGGUUUUGCCGGCCAUCCUGAUCUUCUAUCUGGGAAGCGGAGGAUGGAGCUUCCUGCAGAUUUUUGCCAAAACUAUCGGCAGAGACUUACAUGCGGCAGGUGUGUUGUUGCGUGUGAAGAUGAACGUCAGACGUCACCUCAAAGAGAAGAACACCCUUCCCAAGAUCUUUGCUGAGACAGUGCGUCGCCACGGUGACAAGACAGCACUCAUCUUCGAGGGGACGGGGGAGAAGUGGAGCUUCCGAGAGUUGGACGAGUACUCCAACAGAGUGGCUAACCUGCUGCUAGAGCGGGGUUUCAAGGAUGGUGAUGUGGUGGCCCUCUUCAUGGAGAACAGGCCCCAGUACGUGGGCCUCUGGCUGGGCAUGGCCAAGAUCGGAGUAGAGGCUGCUCUGAUCAACUUCAAUCUGAGACUAGAGGCCUUGGUUCACUGUGUCACCAUCUCCAAUGCCAAGGCUGUGGUCUUUGGCGCCGAGCUGACUGAUGCUGUUUGCGAGGUCCACAGUUCAAUGGGGACGACGGUGCAGACGUUCUGCUCCGGAGACUGGGACCCCAAACGAGUCCCACAGGGCACCGAGUGCCUGGAGCCCCUGCUGGCUGCGGCCCCCUCCCACCUUCCCAGCCGGCCCCCACGCUGCUUCACAGAUCGCCUGUUCUACAUCUACACAUCAGGAACCACUGGAAUGCCGAAAGCUGCCAUUGUUGUGCACAGCAGGUACUACCGCAUGGCAGCUCUGGUAUAUUACGGCUUCAGGAUGACGUCAGACGAUGUGCUGUAUGAUUGCCUUCCACUCUACCACUCUGCAGGAAACAUUGUGGGAGUGGGCCAGUGUUUGAUCCAUGGCAUGACCGUAGUCAUCAGAAAGAAGUUCUCUGCCUCGCGUUUCUGGGACGACUGCGCCAAAUACAACUGCACUAUCGUGCAGUACAUUGGCGAGAUCUGCAGAUACCUGUUGAACCAGCCAGUGCGGGACACAGAGAAGCGGCAUCGGGUGCGCAUGGCGCUGGGUAACGGCCUCCGCCAGAGCAUAUGGGAGGAGUUUAUGAACCGCUUCAAUAUCCCACAGAUUGCAGAGUUCUACGGAGCCACAGAGUGCAACUGCAGCCUGGGCAACUUCGAUAACAGGGUCGGAGCCUGUGGCUUCAACAGUCAAAUUCUACCCUUCAUCUACCCCAUCAGACUGGUGAGGGUUGAUGAAGAGACCAUGGAACUCAUUCGGGGGCCUGACGGCGUCUGCAUUCCCUGUAAACCUGGUGAACCUGGCCAGCUCGUAGGCAGGAUCAUUCAGAACGACCCCCUCAGGAGGUUUGAUGGCUACGUCAACCAAACGGCAACCAGCAAGAAGAUUUCUCACAGUGUCUUCAAGAAGGGAGACAGUGCCUAUCUCUCCGGCGAUGUGUUGAUCAUGGACAUUUACGGCAGCAUGUAUUUCAAGGACCGAACAGGAGACACUUUCCGCUGGAAAGGAGAGAACGUCUCCACGACUGAGGUGGAGGGAACGCUCAGCAGGCUGCUAGAAAUGAAAGAUGUAGUUGUGUACGGAGUGGAAGUACCAGGAGCAGAGGGAAAGGCUGGCAUGGCAGCCGUCGCUGAUCCGUCUAACAACACCGACCUGGAGAAGUUUGUGAAGGACAUGGAGAAGGCGCUGCCUCCGUACGCCAGACCCGUGUUCCUCCGCUUCCUUCCAGAGGUCAACAAGACAGCAACAUUUAAGUUUCAGAAGACGGAUAUGCGUAGGGAAGGAUUCGACCCGAGCGCAGUGUCGGACAGACUCUACUUCAUGGAUUCCAGCAGAGGGCGCUAUGUGCGGCUGGAUGAGGAGUUUUACCGCUCGAUACUGUCAGGGAAACACAAAUUGUGAUGACUAGGCUGACGACGACAUUUAUACAGACACACACACACUCACACAUAGAGGGAGGAACAUAUUUUGAGAGCAGAACGCAGAACCUUGUCCCCGCAUACACAUACAAAGUAAUAGCCAUACAAAUUCACAUGUGCUCAUUCUAAUGCCAACACACACAGACAUGUUAUAUUCCCAAGCUCACUUAGCUCUUAGCACGCUGCACACACAGACUCAAAGACACACAUAGACACACACACACUCACAGCACUAUUCCAAUUAUCCCUCCUGAAAUCUCCCCGGCAACUCCUCUCCCUACCUCAGCAAACACCGAGAUGCACAAACCCAGCGACCAGGGCUAUUUGGUAACUUGAAACCGCUCUUCAUCGCCACAUAAUCCCGGUGCACACAGCUCUCAAACUCAAACAGCCCACCCCCCCACGGUGUGUUCAUCACGAUCCACUGAACCAGAUGUUAUGGGGGGGGACACCACGGGUGGCUGGGAGAGGAGGGGGGUCGUCAGGAGUACAGGCUGCCUGGCAUCUUGAAUGCAAAAACUUGAAACCUACAGAACACCACAAACUUUAUGGAUGAUGAAGAGGAAUAUGGAUUCAGAACACAUCGGAGGGACCGACAAGGACCUAAUCUCUCUCUCUCUCUUUCUCUGAUCGCUAUUUUAGCAAUGUUGUUUUUUUGAAAAACUGGAGUCAUCGACCUCACCUGCACAAUCAGCCAGCAGUGACACACCUGUGACAACCACACCUUUACCUGAAAAGACCCCUCUGGUCUCCUCUUCUUCAUUUCCAGUUUGCACUGAGAGUGAAGGAGGGACACCAGGAUGAAUUGUAAAGGGAACUGAUGAACGUGUGAAGUGCAGAGGUUGAAUCAGACCAGUGGCUCCAGCUGAAGGG